AUGGAGAUUAUUCCAGAGCUCAGCAUCAUAAGCGGUUUCGAAGCCGGAAUGAACUGCCUGCAAAACCCAUCUCUGAUUCAUUGGCUUUUCUCGGAUUCGGGAAUCGGAAAAGCCGUUCACGUUUACGGUUUCUGGAAAUGGGGGGCGUUGAUUCUCGCUUUGGUCGCCACUUUCUGCGGCGUAAUCACCAGAAUCAAGCUUCUCGUUCUUAGAUUAUGUGAAGUCCAAAUUUUCCGUUCUCAAGGAGCUUCAUUCCGGCAGCUGGAUAGCGAGUAUGAUUCCGACGAAGAUGAAGAUGACUCCGGCUCGUUGGACUCGUCUGACGGCGAAGGCUUUCGUCCGGCGACAGCAGUCGAGCAAGAUUACUGCGUCGCCGGCUCGAGCUCUUACGGCGGUGACCGGCGGGGGGAUGGCUCUGGGUUGAGGCUCCGGCGGCGCAUCAGCGGCGAUCGGUUCUCGUGGUCAGACUUCGCCGGCGGGAGGAGUGUGGUGAAGAUGUGGGACAAUUUCAGCUUCGGGUUAGAUUUUGAAGAGAAUUUUUCCAGGAGCGUGGUCUCGAUGUGGGAUUUGAACAGAGAUCAGAAAGUAAGCUCGUUUUCCUGCGGGAAGCUUCAGAUUCCGGCGCUCUCCUCGUCGUCGCCGGCGGUGGUUUUGUCCGGCGGAACGAAUAACGGCUGCGACAAGUUUUUGCUGGGCGUGUAUGACGCCAGGUCGGGACAGCGGAUUCCGGCCAUAUCCGCAGAGUGGCGGCUACCCCGGGGGAAGGCGGUGGGCAUCAGCUCUGGCGGUGUGGAGAAAGUGUACGUAAUCGAUGACGCCGCCUGCGAAUUGACGGUCGGCGACAUUAGGAAACCAACGUCGCCAUUGGAGAAUCCAAUGGCGUCGGACGGAGGUAUAUGGUGGGACUCUGACGCCGUUAUCGUCCAAGGUAACGACGUUGAUGGGUGUCGCGUCCCCACUCGGAUGUGA